ACUCCAAAGUCAAAAAAUACUUAAAAAUAUAAUCAAAAUUCAAAUUAAAGCAAAAACACUUUACUUGUAUUGUAUUGGCAGAGUUCUUAAGAGGUGACAAAGCAUGCAGAAGAAAGAUCCUCCUCCUGUACCUACAGUGAGGGGAUAAUGCGGAGGGCAGUCUUUCAAAUAAAAACAAAAAUAGCAAAGUGUGCUACAGCCAUAAAGUGUCUUUUCAUCUACUAAUUCUAACUUCAUGCAAUGUAUGCUUAAAAUAUGUUGAGCCAUAGAAACAGCUAUUAAAGAAUAAAGCUUUUGAUUUGUAUUUAUUAUCAUGGAAAUUUGUGCAUGCUGCACUGUUAGCUUUGAAAUGAUCAAAAAUAUUUUCAGAAUGAUCUUUUUAUAAGAAAUAAGGGCAUGCAAACAUUCGUUCGUGCAUUUGUACAUACAUACAAUAGCAAUUUACAUGUUCGUUUGGGCCUGUAUAACAGACUGUUAACUAACAAUAAUAAUCUCUGAGUGGUGACAUGGAUGCUUUUAAUGUUUAGUGAAUCAUAGCUUGUAUAUUAUAGUAAAUAAUACCAGCUUAAGUAAAUGAGUAGGUGAGGAAAAAGAAUACAAGAUACAAAUAAAUACAAAAUAUAGUCAAUUAAUUAAUUUUUUUUACCUUUGUAUAUAAUAGAGGUUGUAUUUUAAGCACCAGAGAACAAGGAGCUUAGAGACAUUUUAGGAUGAAAUACUGGGAAAGCCUACAGGAGGCAAUUCUGUAAGACUCUUCUUAUAAACAUGAAGCUGGUGGAAAUGUAAAAUAUGACUCCCCCUCGGAUGUUUCCUGAGACCCGGUUCGGUUUCAGAGGUCUUGGCGCUCCUGGCCGCUAGGUGGCACCUGGAGGAGCGCAGGCAUGGUGGUGACGCAUGCGCAGUGCCCAUAGCUUUAGUCAUUGGAUCUACACUCGCGCCUAUCUGUUCUCACAUACGCUACUGUAAUCCCGCCAUAUUCCUCUUUCUCUGGGAGCGGCUGAGCUGAUCAGGCGGCCCGAGAUGUCUGAGCUGCCGGCAAACAGCACUGUCCCGCACACUGACGCAGUGGAUGGGGACCACGAUGCCCCGCAGGUGGAGGUAGGCCUUGGGCCGCCAGAGCCGGCCCGGGCGCAGCCUGAGGAGCCCGGGGAAGGUCUGAUGGCGGCGGCCAGGGAAGCUCCAGUGGCAGCGGCUGGGGCAGUUGUGAUGCCGGAGGUCGCCCGACUGGUGGCGGAGCCAGCGGAGGAAGAGGGUCAAGAGGGCUGGCCCGGGAACGGCCCCGGCCUGGCUGCGUUGCCUCACGGCCUUUAUCGCGUGUUGAGCGUUUGGGAAAUUAUUCACCUGUAUCCGCAGCUCUACCUGAUGGUUGUGGAAAUGCAGGAGCCUGAACUCCGCGGGAGAUUUGUGGAAGCCGAUUUUGAUGCCGAGCAUCCGUGGAAUCCUCCGAGGAUUGAUUUUGAUGUUCUAACAGGUAUAACUCUGACCGCAUCUGCAGUGAUCGACCCUCUGGUAGAAGAACUUGGUUGUGAUAAGUUAAUCAGCAGAGAAUAGUUUGGUGAUGAAACAGCUUCCAGAAGAACGUCUGUGCUCAAGACAGCCUUAUGCCAAUCCUGGAACUUGGUUUUAAAAAGGCAGUUGUAUGCACAUAAGGCAGUGCACAGUUGAGAAAAACAAAGGAAGCUUCUCGUGAAAAACAUCAGGAAAGAAAAAAACAAGCCAAAACUGUUGGGACUCCUGUAUUGUUCUUUGGGUUGGUGACUGCUGGGGUUUCUUCUCCUUGUGAUUGGAAGUGUCUUUCAAAAUUGCUUCACUAAAAAGUGAAGAAUGGUUCUAUAACAUUGAGACUUGAUAAAGAAAUGUUGCCAGUAAUAAAACUCAUGAUGACGGAAGUGUCAAGUAGCAAGAGUAGGAAUAAGGAGUCAGAGCUGCGUUAUCAGACUGGAGGACAUGAGCGAACCUGAAAUUGUCAGAAAAUGUGUUCUCUUCAUGUCAGAUUCAACAGAAAUUUUUAGUGUAUAGAUUUUGUUUUCUAAGGCAGUUGCAAUGACAAACCAUGUAAGUGCUGUAUAUAUUACAAAAUAAAUAAUGUUUGAGAACAUCUGAAAUUGCUGAUUCUUUUUUCUUUCAUUUAAUUUCUAAUUUAAACUUUUCUGGUAAAUCUAUUCACAAGUCCCGCCCCCCCAAAAUAAAAUAUGCGGUGAAAAGUCUUCCAUCUGUGUCCCUCCACCCAGGAAUACUGUAGCCCCCAUGUGUGACCACAGCCUCUCCUGUCCUUCAGUUUUCCAUAGGUACACACAAGCAAAUACAAACCUGGGUUUAUUUCUUCACGAAAGUUGACAAACUCACUGAUUUAUAUUUUAGUUUCUGAGUAAGAACAUGGCUUGAAGAUGCUUCCAAACCACCACAUUUCCUCUUUCUAUUUUUUUUUUUGGUGUCAUUAAUCUACAAUUAAAUGAGGAACAUUAUGUUUACUAGACUCCCCCAUUAUCAAGUCUCCACCACAUACCCCAUUACAGUCACUGUCCAUCAGCGUAAGAUGCCACAGAAUCACUACUUGUCUUUUCUGUGUUGCACAGCCCUUCCCGUGCCCCCUCCUCUACAUUAUGUCUGCUAAUAAUAAUGCCCCCUUUUUUUUCCGCUUAUCCCUCCCUUCCCACUCCCUUUUCCUUUGAUAAUUGUUAGUCCAU